CCUUCAGUUUAAAAAGUUUCUCGGGAAAAUUGGCUCUCACUCACUCACUCUCCCGCAUUUUCUCGGAUUCCCCGGAAACCGAAAUCUCGGAUGACCCUUCCCUUCUUCUUUCUGUAGCCGCCGCAGCGAGCGAGGGUGAUAGAAGAUGGAGCCAUGGGUGCCUCUGUUCGACAUUUUCCUGAACUCACCAUGUCCCGAAACUGAGGCCUCUCGAUGGUUACAGCAAUCUUUCAACGCCUCAUCAACCCCCACGAUUACCUCUAACUCUUUCCUUUUGCUGCUCUCCAAACCCAUCGACGCCGUUAUCGUCCACGAUUCUGCUUCUCCUUCGCCCUCCUCGCCUCCUCAAACCAAGAGGAUUAUGUGGAUGCAGACGCUACCCAAUGCAGUCCAGUCUCGAAUUCUGUCUUUCCUUUCUUUGGAGCACCGGAGAUUUUGCACGCCAGACUUGACUAAACUUGCCCGGAAUAUAUUGAGCGAGGCUGGGGGUGUUGAUUUUUGGGUGAAGAAAGCUGCACGCCAGUUGCUUGAUAAGGUGUCCCACUCAAAUUAUGAAUGGGUUUCUUGUUUAAAUUUAGAUUCUGAAGAAGAUGGAGUGGAAAACGAGUUUGAGUCAUUACCAGAUUGGCUUAAGGAUGAGGCCAUUGCCAGCGAAUUGCUUCUUCCCUGGCUUCCCAUUAGGCGAGAUGAAUUGCAUUCAGAAGUGGCACGCGCUUCUGAUGGAUAUCAAGAGGAUUCACUGAUCGAAGUUGAAGAGCAUGAACGAGAAAAUGUUCAUGAAGCUAUGGGGGACCUGAAUACCAUUAAGGACCCUAUAGAUCAUGGGAUUGAAGAAAUGGCUGUUUGUUUGAGAGACCGGGUAUUAGCUUUGGAGUUUACUUCUCAAGUUGUGGGCUUGGCAAAAGAGAUUCGCCAACUUUGCCUUGAAAAAGGAAGAGAUUCUUUGUCACUCUUGGGUUUAAUUGAACCUUGGAAAGCAGAUGAUGAGAUUGGUUCAAUUCUGCUUUCUAAUCUUUCAGAUGGAAGAGGGGAAGAACUUGGUUGGCUGGGUCAUAUUCUCUGCUCCAUUGUUCUUCCCAAGUUGUUAAUACUUGAAGAGCCAGCUUCGCGUGUUCUUGUGACUACAACAAUCGAGUACUGCAAGGUUCACCAAACGGCUGCUGUUUAUGCCCUCUUGUUUCCACUGAUCCUCCGAAAGGGAGGUGUUAACAAAGCUAUUUGUGAUGUAAUCACGAGGAUUAUUAAAGAAUGCUUGCACCCAGCUCAUGUUUCCUCCUUCUGCCAGAAGCUGCUGUGUGGAGAAGAGUAUGGCAAAAAUUUUAUCUGCCUGCCCUGUCACCAGUCACUUAUAUCACAUGAGUUGGUAUGGACGGAUUCAUUGUUUAACUUGUUUCAGAACAUGUUGAAUCAUAAUGUUCACUUGACUCAAGAUUCAAUAGAUCAUCUUGUCAUCCAGCUUCAACAAUCAGCUGAUAGGUUUUCUAGAUCUCUGAAGUUUGGGAACUUUCUAUUGUGUUUUGUGAACAGAUGUGCUCCUUUGCUGAAGUCUCAUAAGCUUUUAUUGACUGAAGCAGUUGGGCGUACUGAUACUCUUGUGACUAAAUCUAUAUUAUCAAAACUGGCUGCCUUGUGAUGA